ACAGUACGUAACUGGAAAAACAGGAUUUAUAUGCGAGUUUUGAGCAACUGAGACUCAAAACGUCUCAGAAGCGCUGAAUUAUGCCUCACGUGACGCGCGUCUGACCAAUCAGCGCCCGAUCUCACGGGCCGGAAAUGGUGCCAAGAUUUUCCAUAUUUCUUUGCGCUGGCCUUGCAGAAUAAUAAUGUUUAACGAUGGAGUUGAUGCUGUGUUGGAGUAUGCCUUAUAAUAUCGUCCUCUGAAAGCGAGUCGGCUUGAAUAAUGCAGUGUUUUCAAGGCCGAACAUUUUCAUAAGAGGGGGAGAAAAGAAAAACAAUGGGGCCUAACAGGAGAGGUGAGGAGCAAGUGUCAGUUCUCAGCUGAGGAAUUUAACAUACAGCAGGCAUGUCCUCACAACUCCAAGCGUUUUCCUCUCCUUCCGUAUCCUCCAGUGGCCUCUCCCGCUCCAAAAAACUAAAGGUGGAAAACCAUGCAUGGAAUGUGAGCAGCCAAUCAGAAGAAAGCAGCUACUACCAGCAGAGCCCAAACCAGACCAAUAGCUCCUCCCCAUCUACAUCCGGCUUCAAACCCAAUUACAACUCCUCCAACCUGGUCUUUCCUCCCGGAAGUUCGCGUGAACAGACGGUGGUACGUGCCGCGGACAGCACCGGCAGCAUCUCGGAGCCUUCAUCCUCCUCCUCAUCAUCUUCAUCCAGUAGGCAUGGUAAAGAUGUAGGCUCCACUUCUCAGGCUUGCGUGGGCUACCAGAAACAAGGUAGUCUGAAGCGGAAAAGCGAGGAGGUGGACAGCAGUGACAGCGUGCAAAUCUUAGAGGAGCUCUCGGCGCCCGUGCUGCCCAACCGUGUUGGUGGAGGCAAUGCCACGGCUCAGUCCAUUGCUCAUUCCACCUCCACCACCAAAAGCAGCAACUCCCACAGCGAGGGUGACUACCAACUGGUCCAACACGAGAUCCUCUGCUCAGUCUCCAAUAGUUAUGAGGUGCUGGAGUUUCUUGGACGUGGAACAUUCGGACAGGUGGCGAAAUGCUGGAAGCGUGGAACCAAUGAGAUCGUGGCCAUUAAGAUUCUCAAGAAUCACCCAUCAUAUGCCCGUCAGGGUCAAAUAGAGGUCAGCAUCCUUAGCCGUCUUAGCACAGAGAACGCAGAUGAGUUCAACUUUGUGCGCUCGUACGAGUGCUUCCAGCACAAGAACCACACCUGUCUGGUGUUUGAGAUGUUGGAGCAGAAUCUGUAUGACUUUCUAAAGCACAGCAAGUUCAGCCCUCUGCUGCUCAAGUGUAUCCGGCCAGUUCUGCAGCAGGUUGGCACCGCACUCAUGAAGCUCAAGAGUCUAGGUCUGAUUCAUGCUGAUCUGAAGCCUGAGAACAUCAUGCUGGUGGAUCCCACCAGACAGCCCUACAGAGUUAAAGUUAUUGACUUCGGUUCAGCCAGUCACGUGUCUAAAGCCGUGUGCUCAACAUACCUGCAGUCUAGAUACUACCGAGCUCCAGAGAUCAUCUUGGGCCUUCCAUUCUGUGAGGCCAUUGACAUGUGGUCUUUGGGUUGUGUCAUUGCUGAACUCUUUCUGGGCUGGCCUUUGUAUCCUGGAGCUUCAGAGUAUGAUCAGAUUCGUUACAUAUCCCAGACACAAGGCUUGCCAGCUGAGUAUCUCCUGAGUGCCGGCACUAAAACCAACCGGUUCUUCCACAGAGGUCCAGACUCCAGCUACCCUCUCUGGAGACUGAAGACUCCCACAGAGCACGAGGCAGAGUUUGGCAUAAAGUCCAAAGAGGCUCGCAAAUACAUUUUCAACUGCCUUGAUGACAUGAUGCAGGUAUUAUUGAAAAAUGUCAACAUGACUAAUUUGGAUGGCACUGAUAUCUUGGCGGAGAAGGCCGAUCGGAGAGAGUUUAUUGACCUGCUGAAGAAAAUGCUAACACUAGACACAGACAAGCGGAUCACACCCAUCAAGACCCUCAAUCAUCCUUUUGUGACGAUGGCUCACCUACUUCACUUCCCGCACAGCUCUCAUGUGAAAUCCUGCUUCCAAAACAUGGACAUUUGCAAGCGCAGGUGUACCGCUUUCGACAACAACAAGAAUCUGUUCACCAGUCACAACGCCCCUGGUGCGGCCGCCAACCUCACUGUCACAUUCAGCAGUCAGCUCAACCAGCAUAGUCAGAUGGCCUCCACGGGGGGCCAGUCCCUGUCUCUUAGCAGCAACGUUCCUUUAUUGAACUACCAGCCUGGUCUGUACCAGCAGGCCACUAUAAAUAUACCAGGUUUGGCACAGCAGAGUGUGCCACUGCAGGCUCGCCCCACUCAGCUGUGUGCCCAGACUGAACCCUUCCAGCAAACCCUCAUUGUGUGCCCUCCUACCAUACAGGGGCUGCAGACAUCCAACAAGCAUGCAGGCUAUCCAGUGAGAAUGGACAAUUCUGUCCCCAUUGUACCCCAGAACCAAUCCACCCAACCACUACACAUUCAGCCUGGCAUGCUCACACAGCAGGGCUGGCCAGCUAGCACACAGCAGAUCCUCAUUCCCUCUUCAUGGCAGCAGAUGUCAGGCAUGACCAUGCACAACCCCGGCCAGCCUGUGCUGUCUGACUCUCCUAUGACCUCUCUGCUCUCAGAUAGCAUCACCCAACAGAACAACAGCUGGAGGAGUCGACAUGGUGGUCAAUGUGACGGGACGCAGCAAGGCUCUACACAGGGGCGUAAUGUGAAUACACAGCCCUCCCACACAGGAGCAGCCAACAGUCGCAUGCAGCAGAGCGGGGUCAAAAGAUCAAAGGGUCGUCAUGCUGAGAGCAGAGCCAGGCCCACGUCCUCCAUGCAGCCAACUCCUUUAGUAGGGCACAACUGCGGUGAUGCGUCCCAGCCAAUUGUCAUCUCCGACACCCCUAGCCCGGCUGUCAGCAUCAUCACCAUCCACAGCGAUACAGAGGAUGAGGACGACAGGAAGAUUCCACCUACAAGCUGUAGUGUAAACCAGCGUGCAAAUGUGAUCAGCUGUGUGACUGUUCAUGACUCCCAGGAUUCAGACUCCUCCACCAGCACUCCUCUCAGCCCUAAACGCCUCCCUGACUUUUUAGGGAACAACACACAGCACUCCUCCAAAUCUCUGGCUGUGGUCAUGCCCUCGGUGAAGACACAGCUCUGGGAUGGAGCAUCAACAGAGCAAAUCUCGAAUAGUUCUGGAAAAUCAAAGAAAGGUAAAGCGUCACAGUCCAGCGGCGACCGGCAUCAGAGAGCAGCAUCUAACAGAUCUCAGCCUCUAAACCUCAGCCAGGCACAGCAGUCAAAGAUGUCAUCUCACGACCGGGCAGGGGGUGGUUCUCUUAGACGGCAGCCCACCUACCCUCCUACAGGCCCCUCCCACUCCUACAGGCUACAUGAAGCAUCACUCUUUGGCUCCGCCUCCAGCCUGUAUGCAUACCCAGCAUCUGCAGCCCUGGCCUCAGUGUCACAGGCAGUCGACCAGCUGCACAAUUCAGCUGGUUCCUCCUCAUCCUCUAGCCGCCACGCGCGCACCGCUGGGCCGUACUCUGCCUCCCUGAGUCUCCUGCAGAAGAACAGUGCCAUGGGCGUCAUGUGUCAAACUCCAUACCAGCAACAGCCGCUGUCUGCGCAGUCAUACCAGCGCUACCCCCAUAGCCAGAGAAAACUCAACCAGUACCCCUACCUGUGAGGGGAAAAAAAAUGUCCUCACUCUGGUUUAAGAGCUUUGAUAUAUGCUGGUGGAAAAUUAGAAAUGACAUUUUACUUUUAUCAUGUUUUUUAUAUAAAUAAUAGCAUUCUUUAUUUGUUUUUAUUAAUUUUAGUGUUUUGUUUUCUUUAAAGCAUUUCAGAGAAGCACUUACUGCAUUUGACAAUUUUAAAACAUAAAACUCAAAUAUUUGGCCCAUUUUUAACCAUGUGUUUGAAUAUGAUCACCCACCAUGGAUGUCUACAUUUUGAGGAAAAACUAAAUAAUUUAAAAUGCAUAAAAAUGUUCAUAUAUAUAAUGGUCAUAGAAAUGAAGUAAUCAGUAAUUGACUUUUUAUGCAGCUUUAUAGUGAUAUAGUUAUGUUUCUACUCCAAACCGUCAUUGAGAUAAUCUUUUAAAAAUUGGCUGAUAUAGUUAAUUUCAAAUGCUUUCCUUUUUACUUAAGUGCAUAAAACUCAAUGUGUUUUUUAGUUAAAGUGUCUCAAAAUAAUGCAGCAGGUCACAUAUUUUAUAACAUUUCUACAAUAAUUCAGGCUUUUAUUUUAAUUAAAUUUGAAUUGACAUUUGUGUAACAGUACAAGGGACAGGAUGACAUCAAUCCUGUUACUUGGUGAACCAAGACUACCCCAGCAUAUCAGGAUAAACUGUGGUAAAUUUGUUACAUGAUAAUUUAUAUAUCAAAUUUAUGUUUCAAAUUUAUUCCUAAUAUUAGAAAUUGGAAUGUUGUGUUUUAGUUCUAAUUAAGUCAUCCAGCUAAACAGCUGUUUAAAGUUUGAUCCUGUACAGUUGACAUAAUGUAUGUUUGAUAACUGACAUUUUGUUUUGUUACCAUUUAAAUUUCAUUAUAUUACAGUCGAGAACUCUUGAGCACAAAAUAUCACAGGUUCACUUUCUACGUUAACAUAAGUAUGCUCAAUUUUAUUUAUUGAAUAUGUCUGGAAUAUUAAUGUACAUUAGUAUCUUUGUUUUUAUUUUACAUAAUAGUAAUUGCUCUUUCUUUUAUAUUAAUUUUCUUAGAAUUUGUGUGUGUAUAUAUAUAUAUAUAUACAUACACCGAUCACUACAGCCGCUCACUGGAUGUUGUUUUUGGCAUCAUUCUGAGUAAAUUCUAGAGGCUGUUGUGUCUGAAAAUCCCAGGAG